AUGGCGGCGGCGGGGCCCGGGAGGCCCGGGAGGGGCGGCAGGGCCGUGGCCGGGCCCGGGCCGUGUCGGCGGGGCGGCGGGGGCGGCGGGGGGGGCUGGCUGUGGGCGCUGGCGCUGGGCUUAGCGCUGGGGGCCCCCCCCCGCCGCCCCCCUCCCUCCGCCGCCGCCGCCGCCGCCCCCCCCGCCCCGGUGAACGCCUCGGGCCCCCCCGAGCGGUGCCGGCGCCCCGCGGCCUGCGAGCGGCUCCGGUUCGGAGCGUGCCUGGGCUCGGCGCUGCCCUACGCCGCCACCUCCACGCUGCUGGCCGCCGACUCCGCCUCGCAGGAGGAGGCUCACGGCAAGCUGCUGCUGUGGUCCGGCCUGCGCAACGCGCCGCGCUGCUGGGAUGUCAUCCAGCCCCUGCUGUGCGCCGUCUACAUGCCCAAGUGCGAGGACGGGCAGGUGGAGCUGCCCAGCCAGACCCUCUGCCAGGCCACCCGCGCGCCCUGCACCAUCGUGGAGCGCGAGCGCGGUUGGCCUGACUUCCUCAAGUGCACGCCCGACCGCUUCCCCGAGGGCUGCCCGAACGAGGUGCAGAACAUCAAGUUCAACAACUCGGGGCAGUGCGAGGCGCCGCUGGUGCGGACGGACAACCCCAAGAGCUGGUACGAGGACGUGGAGGGCUGCGGGAUCCAGUGCCAGAACCCGCUCUUCACUGAGAAGGAGCACCGCGAGAUGCACGUCUACAUCGCCGCCUUCAGCUCCGUCACCAUCUUCUGCACCUUCUUCACCCUGGCCACGUUCGUCGCCGACUGGAGGAACUCCAACCGCUACCCCGCCGUCAUCCUCUUCUACGUCAACGCCUGCUUCUUCGUGGGCAGCAUCGGCUGGCUGGCGCAGUUCAUGGACGGCGCCCGCGACGAGAUCGUGUGCCGCGCCGACGGCACCAUGCGCCUGGGGGAGCCCACCUCCAACGAGACGCUGUCCUGCGUCAUCAUCUUCGUCAUCGUCUACUACUCGCUGAUGUCGGGCGUCAUCUGGUUCGUCAUGCUGACCUACGCCUGGCACACCUCCUUCAAGGCGCUGGGCACCACCUACCAGCCGCUGCUGGGCAAGACCUCCUACUUCCACCUCAUCACCUGGUCCAUCCCUUUCGUCCUCACCGUGGCCAUCCUGGCCGUGGCGCAGGUGGACGGCGACUCCGUCAGCGGCAUCUGCUUUGUGGGGUACAAGAACUACCGGUACCGCGCCGGCUUCGUCCUGGCGCCCAUCGGGCUCGUCCUCAUCGUGGGGGGCUAUUUCCUCAUCCGGGGGGUCAUGACGCUCUUCUCCAUCAAGAGCAACCACCCCGGGCUGCUGAGCGAGAAGGCGGCCAGCAAGAUCAACGAGACCAUGCUGCGGCUGGGCAUCUUCGGCUUCUUGGCCUUCGGCUUCGUCUUCAUCACGUUCGGCUGCCACUUCUACGACUUCUUCAACCAGGCCGAGUGGGAGCGCAGCUUUCGGGAAUACGUCCUGUGCGAGGCCAACGUGACCAUCGCCACGCAGACCAACAAGCCCAUCCCGGAGUGCGAGAUCAAGAACCGGCCGAGCCUGCUGGUGGAGAAGAUCAACCUCUUCGCCAUGUUCGGCACCGGCGUCUCCAUGAGCACCUGGGUCUGGACCAAGGCCACCCUGCUCAUCUGGAAGCGCACCUGGUGCAGGCUGACGGGGCAGAGCGAUGACCAGCCCAAGAGGAUCAAGAAGAGCAAGAUGAUCGCCAAAGCCUUCUCCAAGCGCAAGGAGCUGCUGCGGGACCCGGGCCAGGAGCUGUCCUUCAGCAUGCACACCGUCUCGCACGACGGCCCCGUGGCCGGUUUAGCGUUUGACAUCAACGAGCCUUCGGCCGACGUGUCCUCGGCGUGGGCCCAGCACGUCACCAAGAUGGUGGCCAGGAGAGGGGCCAUCCUGCCCCAGGACGUCUCCGUGACACCCGUGGCGACGCCUGUGCCGCCGGAGGAGAGGGCCAACCUCUGGGUGGUGGAGGCCGACGUCUCCCCGGAGCUGCAGAAGCGCAGCCGCAAGAAGAAGCGGAGGAAGAAGAAGAAGGACGAGGUGUGCCCGGGCCCCGAGCGUUGCGCUGGGGGCUCCGCGGACCCCCCGGCCUCCAGCAGCGCCGUGCCUCGCCUGCCCCGGCUGCCCCUCCAGCCCUGCCUGGUGGCCGUGCCCCGCCGCUGUGGGGGGGACGCCUUCGUCCCCGCUGUCCUCCCGGGGCUCGCAGGCGGCCGGCCCGAAGGCAGCGUCGUCGGGGGGCCGUGGGACGGGCGCAGCCGCAGAGCCAUCGUCCCCCACCUCAUCAGCAACCCCUUCUGCCCCGAGAGCGCGUCCCCAGAGGACGAGAGCCCCGGCCCCAGCGGCGGGGGCUGGCAGCACAACGGGGGUCCCUGUUGGCCCCCCGAGGCCAUGCCCAACGGCGUGGGGACGAGGACUUGGGGCCGACGCGCCGGCUUGGCCCCUAUCCACUCUCGGACCAACCUGGUGGACGCGGAGCUGCUGGACGCCGACUCGGACUUCUGAGCCCGGCAGGACGCUGCGAGGGGCUCGUGGGGACGAUGGUGUCCACAUCAGGACAGCCUCGAGGGGACAGCGGGGCCGGUCCCGAGCGUGGCCACGGGUGGCUUUUCCUCGGGGACGGUGGUGUCUGUCCCCGUGUCACCCGGAUGAACUCGAUGCACGUCCCAGCCCAACGGGACGCUGCCAGAAAGGCGUUCGGCAUCGCUGGGAGAAGAGAAACGGGGUGCUGCUGGUGGAGCAACGCCCCCCUCCCCCCGCAGGUCCUGCGGGGAUUUGGGGACGCUGCCUGCGCACCCGCUGGGGGCAGGAGCGGGCGGCCCCCCGGGACAGCGGUCCUAGGUAGGUUAGGGUAGAUUUUGGGGAGCUUCCUCCUGCGUCCCGGGGUGCCGGGACCCCGCUGACGCCCCCCGCUCGCCCUCUGCCCCCACCGCCCCACGGCUAGAUGGUACGUAGAGCUUAUACACGCUCGUGUAUAAUUGGGUGCCAAUAGGGAUUUUUUUUUUUUACUACGACUAUUUUUUUUUUACUCUGUAUAACACACCGGGACGUGGCGGCUGCUCGGGCGCUGCGGCCGCGUCCCCGCGGUGCUCACGUUUUUUCGGGGUAUGCCCGUGGUUCUGCAGGGGUCCCAAAGUGCCUUCCAGCUCCCGGGGUCGCCUCUCUCUGGGUGCAGCAACCCCCGAGCCAAGCUUUUUUUUUUUUUUUUUUACUAUUUUUUUUAAAGAAAAGAACAAGACCUGAUUACAGCGAUCCCGAUGUAGGAGGAUGCCCCGUCCUCGCUGGUGCUUUGUAUCCGCCCGUUAGCCCUGUAAAUGUCUUGAGUGUUUAUUAAAUCCUGGUAGGCUCCUGGCUUUCUCGCUAUCCUGGUGACCUCCACGGGUUAAUUUUUGCUGUGUAAAGCAAAACCCUCCUGUAUCAGUAUUAAAUUUGCCAAGUU